UAUUAUUAUUUUUAAACCUGUUUUAUUUUAAUUUUUUUUUUUUUUUAAUUUUUGUGAUUUCGUCUCUUUCCUGGUUUAGACUAAAAUUUCCGCCCGUUUCGUUUCCGGAUACGAAUGAUCUAGAGUAAAAUUAGGAUUUGUACACAUUCUUUCGAUUCAAGUAUCAAACCGCGAGGUGGGAGACGAAAGACAAGAAAAAAAUUAUUUUAAAAUUGUACCAAAGACUCUUGGAAGGUCCAGACUCUUCAAUUACUAUUUAGCAGUGUUACCUUUUAAUUAACGUCUCCGCACUGUUCGCUAAUCACCGUAUUUUCAGUGUGCAACUUUAGUACUGCGUGAGGCUUUAGGUUUUUUUUUACCCACCCAGAUAGUCUUCUGAUAUAUCCCAACCACAAUUACUAAGACCAUUAAUUAGAAUUGAAUUUUUUUUUUUCUCUUCAUUAACUUCAUUCUAGAGACUUUAUCAAAUGUCUAGCCCCAGUGUUGCUAAACUUGAACCGGUUAGGCAGUUGGGAGUAACAAAUCCAAUUUCGAUAAAGUUGACUACAGAUCUUGUGAAACAAUUAAGAUCUUGUGCUGAACAAGGACUCAAUGCCCGUUUAAUAGUUAAAGAUGGAAUUUAUUCAAUUAAAGUUCUUCAAUCAAUUUAUCCCUGCGCAUCAACUUUGGAAACUUCUCGAAUAGAUAUUUACCAAAAGCCCCAACAGACGUAUUAUGGACGGAUUUCAACCAGACUUAAUGUUAUUACAGACCCUAGAUCCAUCAAGGAUUAUAUGAGAGUUGCUAGAACUUCGUCACCGAUCCCCACCAUAAGUAAUCAACCCCUCCUUCCAAGUAAGGGUCAACAGUCGACCCCUAAGCCUAAGGCUGCCACUGAGGUUAUAACCACUCCAUAUGCUGCCAAUGUUCCAAAUAAGAUCACCAGGCUCUUAUACCUUCUUGCAUUAGGUCCAAUGACCAAGACCAAUAUUUCAUUGAGAACACAACUUUCAGAAACAGACCUUGAACCACUACUUUCCACUCAUGCACAACCAUAUAAUCCAAACGAUUCAUUUAUUAUAGAUGAUAUUUUCCCUAAUGGAGGGAUCAUCAAUGAUGAUGACGAAUCUGUACCAUAUAUACUCAAGGAUAAGAGUUAUAAAGAUCUUAGACCAUGGGAAUGGCAGUUUUAUUCUGAUGAGGAAAGAAAUUUGAUCAUUCAUAAUAUCCAUAAUGCAUUAACAAGAUUGGGAUUUCUGGAAACUCAUCCAUUAAGAAGAAAAAUUUGCGAUAAACCGGGCCCAACUAAUUCAACGACGAAUGCUAUUGAUACAUCCUUGAAAAAAUCUACAUUAGGAGGAGGGAUUCUUACUGGACUGAGUAAAAAAUCCCCCAUUAGAAAGGCAUCACCUAAACCAAUUGGUGGGGUUACACAAACUAAUAUUUCAAAUGAUACCAAUGUCAUUAAUUUAACAUCCAACAAUAUCAAUAAUAUUGGUGGAUCACCUUUAAAAAACAAUAAACGGAAACUGAGUUCAUCAUCAUCAUCAUCAGAUGAUGAAAAAUUACCAAAUAAGAAGAGACCUACUCGUAAGGGAUUAUCUAAAAAUUCAAUUAAUGAAUCUGGAACUAAUCUUAGAACAGGCAUUCAUAACACUAAUCAAAUAACCACGGGACAUGUAUCUGAUUCAUCUACUUCACCGUCAUCAAUUAAUGAAGAACUGGAACCAGAAAGAAUCAAUCUGAAUCAAUAUACCUCUGGUAGAUUGGCAUCACCACACAUUGCAUUAGCAGAGUCGAAGGACCUGAAAAAAUUACAAUUUUAUAACAAUUUAGCUUUAAAAUUCAAAUUAAAGUAUAAAGAGUAUGAAGAAUUAUACAAACAACUUCAAAACAAUUCAAAUAAGUCGAAUGGAGAAAAGAAGAACGUUACUAGACUUUUCGAACUUCAUAAUCAAUUAUCUGAAUGGAAACGUAAAUUAUGGGAUUUUGAGAAUCAAAGUAAACUCAAACUGGAUAUUAUGACUUUACAAAAGCAUCGUAAACCCGUGGGGAAGAGCCAAAGUGAGAGUCCUUCCAUGACUCCAGUGGCUCGUAAACGGACAGCUCCACCAGAACCACGACUUCCAAUGAAGCCAGCAUUAUUCCAAAGAUCUUUAGAUUAUUAAAUAUAUAAAAACAGAUAAAAUAAACAAUCAAGACAUGGA